AUGGCGUCCUCAACAGGUUAUGGGCCCAGGGCGAAGAUACUUUUUAACGGAGACGAGAGAAAAUAUGAGCUAUGGGAGACGAAAUUUAUGGGAUAUCUCCACAUUUUAAAAUUGAAAGAAACGGUAGAGAGUGCUGAACCAAAUGAAGCGAAAAACGCAGAUGUUUAUGCGGAACUAAUCCAAGUUUUAGACGACCGAUCGUUGUCAUUGGUGAUGAGAGAUGCAAAGGACGAUGGUAAAAAGGCCAUAAGCAUACUCCGAGAGCAUUAUAUGUCAAGUGGAAAGCCAAAAAUCAUCGCACUAUACACCGAGUUGACUACACUUAACAAAGGCGAAGCCGAGAGUGUAACCGAUUACAUGUUGCGGGCCGAGGCGGCUACAGCGGCAUUAAAGAAUGCCGGUGAAGAAGUUGGCGAUGCUCUACUGAUAGCAAUGAUCUUAAAGGGACUGCCACUUGAAUUUAAAGCAUUCAACACGGUUAUAACCCAAAAAGACAAGCAGCCAUCGUACACAGAAUUCAAAGUGGCAUUGCGGGCAUUCGAGGAAAACGAAAAACCCAUGGAGAAAAACAACGUUAUGAAAACGGGGUUUUAUACGAAAAUGAAAUGUUUCGCGUGCAAACAGUACGGACAUAAAGCUGAUCAGUGUACAAGAUCGAAGAAAUGGUGCAGUCAUUGUAAGACAAGAACCCACAAUACAAAGGAUUGUAGAAGGAAAAACCAAAACCAGGACAAGAAGGAAGAUGAAAGAUCACAAGCGGCCAAGAGUGUUCAAGAUCAAGAGGCACGCAGAUCAUUUGCUUUCAUAGUAAGUGAUGCACCUGCAGAGAACGAUGUGGACUAUUUGAAGGCAAGUUUGCUUGUAGAUUGUGGGGCUACAACCCACAUAGUAAAUGAUAAAAGUAAAUUUACAAGUUUUGAUGAGAGUUUUAACCCUGAAGUACAUUUCAUAGAAUUAGCUGAUGGGACAAGGUAUAAUAAUAUAGCUUUAAAAAGAGGUGAUGCAAAUGUUCUCUUAGAAGAUAAACUAGGUAAUCAACAUAGUGUAACUUUACAAAAUGCAUUGUACGUACCUUCUUUUAGUCAAGAUAUCUUCUCAGUUCAAGCGGCAUCUGAAAAUGGUGCCUCCAUCUCAUUCCAGCCAGGGGGGCAAGCCUUUUUAAGCGCAGGUGAUGGCACACAAUUCGACAUUCAGAAAAGGGGGCGUCUUUAUUACUUAUACUCUAUCAAGUCUGCUGCACAUGAUCUGCAAACUUGGCAUGAAAUUUUAGGGCACUGCAAUGUUAAGGAUACCCUACAGUUACAACAUGUUGUUGAUGGUAUGUCUAUCAACAAUAAGAAAAAGGUAAGUGAUUGUGAAGUUUGCAUUUUGGGAAAAAUGACAAACAUAAGAAAUAGAGAUCCAGAUGCUAAAGGAAAGGUUCCUUUAGAGCUUGUACAUGCAGACCUUGCAGGCCCAGUUAUACCGGAGUCUAGUGAAGGUUUUAAGUAUGUUUUGGCAUAUACUGAUGAUUAUUCAGGAGCCACAUUCACAUACUUACUUAAGAGAAAAUCUGAUACAUUAAGUGCUACAGAGAAAUUUUUAGCAGAUUCCUCCCCUUAUGGGAAAAUAAAAUGCAUUAGAUCUGACAACGGUACAGAGUUUACAAAUAAUGCAUACAAAUCUCUUCUUGUAAGGAAUAAGAUUAAACACGAAACGUCUGCACCAUAUUCCCCGCACCAAAAUGGGACGGCAGAGAGAAACUGGCGCACACUCUUUGAAAUGGCCAGGUGCCUACUCAUAGAUGCAAAACUUGAGAAGAAAUUUUGGCCUUAUGCAGUUCUCACUGCAACCUAUAUACGUAAUAGGUAUUAUAACAACCGGAAUAAACAAACUCCUUACCAGGCCCUAACAAAUAAAAAGCCAAAUUUGUCUAAUAUGGCAAUCUUUGGGACUGAGUGUUUUGCAUACACCCAAAAUAAGACAAAGUUAGAUGCAAGGUGUGAAAAGGGAAUUUUCCUUGGCUAUGACAAAAGUAGUCCAGCCUAUUUGGUCCUUUUCCCAGAAAAUGGGAAAAUUCAAAAAAUAAGGAAUGUGAAAUUUACUAAUAAGUUUAAAAUCAUUGAGCAAGAUAAUGAUAUCCAAACAAAUGAUGAUAUUCUUCAUAGAGAGAUAAGACUUGGAGCAGAAAUGGCUCUUCCUCAAGUAAGGCCUGAGGGGGGAAAGUUCCCUUUGCAACCUGACAAUGUCGAGGCAGGCCUACUUGAAGCUGAAAAUCAUGAGCCUGCUCCACAACCAAGAUACCCUGUAAGGAACACUAGAAGGCCACCCCAUUUAAAUGACUACAUUGUAGAAAAUGAUCUAGAUGACGAUGAUGUGAUAAACCAUAAUGUAGACUACUGUUGUGCUACAUCUGUUUAUCCAAAAUCAUAUAAAGAAGCCAUUAAAUCAAAAGAUUCUGAAAAAUGGUGUGAGGCCAUGAAUGAAGAGAUAUCAUCCUUAAGUGAAAACAAUACUUAUACACUCACAAAACUACCUGAAGGUAAGAGCAUAGUGGGAGCACGUUGGGUGUAUACAGUUAAGGAAGGUAAAAAUGGUGAAAAGAGUUAUAAGGCACGCUACGUUGCAAAAGGGUAUUCACAAGUACCUGAAGUUGAUUAUUUUGAAACAUUUUCACCAACAGCAAAGAUAACAUCAAUCCGUAUGUUGAUGCAGUUGGCCCUAGACCUUGACAUGGAAGUGCAUCAAAUGGACGUCAAGACGGCGUACCUCAAUGCACCAGUCGACUGUGAACUGUAUAUUGAGCAGCCAGAAGGGUUUGUCAAACACAGUGAGUCUGGGGAAAUGUUAGUAUGUAAACUUAACAAAUCACUUUAUGGUCUCAAACAAAGUGGGCGCAACUGGAACCAUAUGUUGCACACUUUCUUGACCAGUAAAGGCUUUACACAACUUGUUUCUGACCCUUGCGUGUAUAUUAAGAAACAAAAUGGCAAGACAACUAUUUUGCUUAUAUGGGUAGAUGAUAUUAUUAUAGCAUCCAAUUCAACACCCUCACUAAAACAAGUGAAAGAUGAUUUAAGUUGUAAGUUUAAGAUGAAAGAUCUUGGAAUACUUUCAUGGUUCUUAGGUAUUAAUUUUACCUUUACUGGCAACACUAUAACUAUGGAUCAGAUUAGGUACAUCGAGAGAAUUUUAAUUAGGUUCAAAAUGGAAGGAUGA